AUGAGCAAUCAAGGAAUGAAAAUAACUAAUUGUAGAAAUCUUCCAAAUUGUGGUUUUGCCGUAAUAUUCUCCAACAUUAGCAAAUCCUUCAAAUAUCAUCAAAUAUCUCUCUUCUCCAUCACCCCUAUUCCUACCAAAUUCAUACAUUAUUGCUUUGGGUUAAAGAAGAAGAAGAAGAAGAAGACAUUCAAGGAGAGCGAUCAUCAUCCAUUUAAAGAAUUCAAGAUUCAAGAUUAUUUCAUUUUCCUCCCAAAACUUUACUUUUGGGGUGAUGUAUCGAUUUCAAUUUGUAUACCUUUGACCAAUACAUGUUACAGUAUUUCAUUCCCAAACGCGUCCAUUGGCGUUCGUAAUAUAUUCGAACAGGCUCAACAAAAUGAUGUUCGAAUUGGAGCCAAGCUUGUUUGCCUUCAUUUCGACGAUUGCUUCGUCGACGGCUGCAAUGGUUCAAUUUUGCUGGAUAAUGUAGAUGGUAUACAGAGCGAAAAAGACGCUCGUCCCAACAGUAAUUCAGCUGCUGGAUUUGAUGUCAUUGAUGACAUAAAAACAGCAUUGGAGAAUGUUUGUCCUGGUGUCGUCUCAUGUGCAGAUAUUUUAGCCCUCGCUUCUCAAAUUUCAGUAACCAUGGGAGGAGGUCCAUCAUGGGAAGUUCCUCUAGGCAGAAGGGACAGCAGAACAACAAACCAAGCUGGGGCCAAUAGUGACCUUCCUGGCCCUUUCGAGAGCCUUGGUAACCUCACAUCCAAGUUCAGAAAUAAGGGUCUUGAUUCCACUGAUUUAGUUGCUUUAUCAGGUGCUCAUACUUUUGGGAGAGCCAAAUGCAGUUCUUUCAGCCGCCGGCUUUACAAUUUCAGUGACACGUGGAACCCUGACCCGAACAUGGACUCUGUUUAUAGGGAUAAAUUACGUCAAACUUCUCCUCAAGGUGGAAACGCAAAUACCUUAGCUAAUCUUGAUCCUUCAAGUCCCAAUGGUUUUGAUCACAAACCUCCAGAGCAACGGGGGACUUCUUCAGACGGAUCAAGAAUGUUCUCAACAAGUGGAGCUGAUACUGUUGUUAUUGUCAACCGAUUUCGAAAUUGCCAGUAUGAAUUUUUCAAUGUUUUUGCUCAGUCCAUGAUUAAAAUGGGAAAUAUAAGUCCACUGACAGGAAACAGUGGAAAAAUCAGGGCCGAUUGCAGACGCGUUAAUUAG